UUCUAGUGAAAAUAGUGACUGCGCACAAGCUUAUUCUACAAAUAUUCCGACACAGAGAGAAGAGAAGAGAGAGAGGAGAGAGACUAUUUUUCUUUCCUAAAAAGAGUUGUGAAUGUUCAGAGGAUAAUUGUAUGACAUGUCGGUUUGUGUUUCUUGAGAGAAUUAGAUUAUAGUUAUAUGGCUGAAAGGAAGAUAGGACUGGACCACCACAUUAAGAAGGUUCUUACAGUUGAGAUGGUUGGUGACAGUGAUUCUUUUUUCUUGAUCACUUGGAGAGAGACCCAUUUUGAAGCUUUCUAAAUCAUGAGUAAUCUCCACCAAAUUAUGGUUUUCUUCUUAUGAAUAUAUCUGAAAAUGGGUUUCAUUUGGGUUUCCAGAAAAAAGGAAAAGUUGCAUGUAGUUUCAUCUAUCAUGUGAUUCUUUUUAGCUGUUAGUUGGAAGCUUGUAGAGUAUUAGUAGGAAUGAUUCAAAGGGCUGUUUUUUGAUAUCUCUUUUGCUUGAAGUAUGAUGAUUUGUGGACAAGUAAUGGAGCCUACAAAUCAGAAAUCUAUUGAGAGAGUUGUUUCACAGAAAGCUAUUCAGAUGGGUAACUCAUUCCCAUGCCAAAUUUGUGUGGUGGGAUUUCUCUGUGGGGUUUGUCUCACCACAUUGUUUCUGGCUGCUCUUACUUCAUUUGGGACUUUUGAGUAUGGUGGGAUUUCGUUUUCAACAUUUGCAACUGGAAUUUCCAAGUCGAAUUCAAGUUCAGAACUUGUCAAUGUGAUUGCCAGUGGAGAUUGCAACAUAAAGCCAAAUGAAAUAGAAAGGAUGAUGUAUUCACAAACUAGUAUAAACUUUAGAGUUGCUGAGAAAGUUCCCUUACUUUACUCAGCUUGGAAUGAUUUACCAACUAAAUUUAUAAAUCGGGAAGGUGAGUUCUCACAAAGUGCUGGCUCGGGCAGAUCAAAUGUACCAAACCCUCCUCACUUGGAGAACUGCAAGUUGCGUGCCGAAGUAGACCAGCAUCUCGAUAACCGUGUUGAGAAUGAGAACUUCCCUCCAUGGACUAUCUGGAAGGGAAUGUUAAAUAACUUCCUCUUAGUAUCGACUGAUGAGCAGCUGAGGCACUAUAGGCAUCAAGCCAUGUCCGAAGGUGCUUAUCCACCCUGGAUCACGGGAUCAGAUGAAGAAAAUUAUCCCUUUACGAGGAAAGUGCAACGCGACAUUUGGCUCCAUCAGCAUCCAUUGAACUGCAGUGAUCCUAGUGUUAAAUUUCUAGUUGCUGACUGGGAGAGAUUACCCGGAUUUGGUAUCGGCGCCCAGUUUGCUGGAAUGUGUGGUCUUCUUGCCAUUGCAAUGAAAGAGAAUAGAGUACUUGUUACAGACUACUACAAUAGGGCUGACCAUGAUGGUUGUGAAGGUCUGUCACGCUCUAGUUGGUCUUGCUACUUCUUUCCAGAAACAUCUGAAGAAUGCCGUCACCAUGCUUUUGAGCUUAUGCAGAGAAAAGAAGCAUGGGAAAAAGGAAUUAUAACAAGAAAAGACAAUUAUACUUCUAAAGAAAUAUGGGCUGGUCGAACUCCUAGGAAAUGGGGUAAUCGUUGGAGUUAUCUGCAGCCAACAACAGAAGUAAAUGGAAGUCUGAUUGCCUAUCAUCGAAAAAUGGAUCGGAGGUGGUGGAGAGCGCAGGCUAUGCGCUAUCUAAUGAGGUUUAAGACUGAGUACACAUGCAACCUACUAAAUAUUGCACGGCAUGCAGCAUUUGGGUGGGAAGCUGCAAAAAUAGUUGCUGCAACUCCUGUUGAAGAAUUGCAAGAGGAUGUCGGAGACAAAUCUAGAUAUGACAUUGAAGAAUUUGUUUGGUCAAGUCAUAAGCCAUGGAUCCCUAGGCCGUUGUUAAGCAUACAUGUGAGAAUGGGAGACAAGGCAUGCGAAAUGGAGGUGGUAGAAUUCGAAGUGUACAUGCAACUUGCUGACCGCAUUAGAAAGCGUUUUCCUCAUCUUAACAGCAUCUGGCUCUCCACUGAAAUGCAGGAAGUGAUUGACAAAUCAAGAUCGUAUGCCCAUUGGAAAUUUUACUACACGAAUGUGACACGACAAGUGGGGAACAUGACUAUGGCAACUUAUGAAGCCAGUCUUGGCAGGGAAACCAGCACCAACUAUCCUCUAGUUAAUUUCUUGAUGGCCACUGAAGCUGACUUCUUCAUUGGAGCAUUAGGUUCUACAUGGUGCUUUCUCAUAGAUGGAAUGAGGAACACCGGAGGAAAAGUAAUGGCUGGGUACUUGAGUGUCAACAAAGAUCGGUUCUGGUAGGGAGUUUUGUAAAUCUGCCAGCUUGGAGUAAUUUGGGAUAAUUAGUGGCUUGGCAACUUCAAUGUGAACAAUGAGUAAAUAUUCACGUCAUCACUUCUUGGUGUCACCGUCUAAUAACAAAAACUGUGUGCGGGGGAAGGAGAUAUAUGUAUAGAUUACAUAUCUCCACACGACCCAAGAAUAUCCAACACAAGAUGCAGCAACUUGCCCACUACACUGUGUGGAGUGAUAUUUUACUCGAGGAGAAGGAUGGUUCUGCCGACACCUAAAGAUGGCUAUCAACCACAUGGGUGCUAUAUUACUUGUGAUAUGGGUGUUCAAUUGUGUGGGUCACUCUGUUUUCAAAGACUAAACAGUACAAAGCUUCCUACUGGUAGCAGCAUGUAAAUGUGUACAAUCUUUGUUUAAUUGUUUUUGGGUCAUAUUCGUAUAUACGUUAUAUAUAUUACUUUUUGCUGUUUUUGUUCUCAUAAUAAUCAAGUGC